UAGCAUCUUUACACUCAGGCAGUCCCCGAGUCCGCUGGGCGUUACGCAUCCUUCCUCGGUUGUAACUACAGGCCUACUACGGUUAAUUCGAUCACCACUUUCUCCUUAUUUGCGCACACCCUGAAAUCUGAGCCUCAGCCUAUAACAUCUCCAGCAGCCCACGUCCAGGCGUGUUUAAAUAAAGGAAGAGACGCUUGAGAUUGAUUGAUGUGCGCUUUAACCAUCGACUGGCUAAUCCCGAUGAAGGACAAACGGUUAAGCCAAUUGCUGUGAAGGCAAUUUAUAUUCCCAUAGUAUCUUUAUUUUGGGAAACCAUAAAAAACCCGCUCAUGACACGGAGAGGGACGACCUACCAGGCGUAAAGCUAAUAAAAUCAUCUGUGGCGAUAAUCCGCUCUUAAAUUGGCCUCAAUCGGGAACUGGGAAAAUCUACUCAAGGCUUUCUUUUUCUCUCCCUCUCUCUCAUACACACACACUCUCACUCAUAUAAUACACGCGCGCGCAAGUCCACCCUACGACCAACAUUUUUAGACUGAUAUGUCGUGACCGGAGCGAUGCAAAUGUCACACAAUUCAUUGGCCACUGUCAGUCUCCGGCACCGAAACGUCAAUGUUUUGAUGGCGUUUGGAUGAAAAAAAUCGCCCUGUGUUGCCCAGCUGCCGCUGCCGCCGCUGCUCCCGCUCAGGAGAGGGGGGUCGGUAAGAGUGCCGAGGCUUCGUCGGGGCUCGCUUCAGCACCUGGACAGCUCCUUUUUUCGCAGGGUUCCCCGCUGCGCUCGCCGGGGAAACCCUUGACUGAAGGAGCGGAACCUGGAUCUGGAUCUGGAGCAGCAGCACACGCAACGCAACGCACCCCCGCCUCCCCCCUACCUCCCCCCUUUCAACGAUCCCAGCCAGGAGGAGGAGGAGGAGGAGAUUGCACUCAAAAGGGUCGUUAUUUGAUCGCUCUGAUCGCACUUGAAAGCUAAUAUGAUCUUGCCGAGUGACGAUGCUUCUUGCAUUUGAGCUUCAGCCCCUCUUUGGUUUUGCACUGAAGCCCGGGCAGCGCAAGUGUGAGCAGCGGAAGCGGCAGCGGCGGCAGCAGCAACGGCGACGGCGGUGGCGGCGGGAGCAGCAGCAGCGGGAGCAGCAGCAGCGGGAGCAGCGGCAGCAGCAGCAGCGGUGGUGCUCGUCCAAUGCAAAAGUGCUAAGGAUAGCUGCAGCCUACACACACUGCGAGCCUGCUGCUGCUUCACUCACUCUGAUCACCACCGAGGGAGACAUUACUAUCAGCGAGGGGGCAGCGGGAGGCACAAUUACCCGCCAACAAUGUAAAUCUCACCCAGGUUCAACAUGAAAGCAGCAUCUAUCAGGUGAAAAGGUGAACUGCAGUGCAAAAACCGGCAGAACCGAGUGGAAACCUUGUGAUAACCACUUCUUCGCUCCUCUCUCCAUCACCUGGGAUCAUGGCUAAUGCUGAGGAAGUGGAGCAGGCAGGUCUGUCAGACUUGGAGAUCAUCUCCCAGCCGGUGGAGGAUGAGAACCAGUGCUUGGCUCCUCCGGUCCAGCUGGUGAGUUUUGGCUACAGAGAUCUGCCCCUCGCAGCUCUGGACCUCUCACUGGCUGGCUCACAGCUCCUUUCCAACGCAGAUGAAGACGAAAACAGAGAAGGGUCCAACUGGCUGAAGCCAUGCUGCGGUCGUCGAGUGGCCCUGUGGCAGGUCUGUCUGCUCAGUGCUGGCUUCAACUGUAUCCUGGUGGCCUGUGUCAUCCUGGUGGUGCUUUUCCUGUCGUUGGAGCUGCUCAUAGACACCAAACUCCUACAAUUUUCCAAUGCUUUCCAAUUUGCCAGCGUUAUCCACUGGAUCAGCCUUAUCAUCCUGUCACUCUUCUUUUCAGAGACUGUCUUCAGAAUUGUAGUGCUCGGGAUCUGGGACUACAUAGAAAACAAAGUUGAGGUGUUUGAUGGUGCUGUCAUCGUGCUGUCGUUGGCCCCCAUGGUGGCCUCCACGGUGGCCAACGGGCCAAGCAGCCCCUGGGAUGCCAUCAGCCUCAUCAUUACCCUACGCAUCUGGAGGGUCAAGAGGAUCAUUGACGCAUAUGUCCUACAAGUCAAAGUUGAGAUGGAACUGGAGAUCCAGCAGUGUGAGAAGACCAAGGCUGUGAGAGAGGAGCAGCUGGAGCGUCUCACUCAGAUCUGCCAGGAACAGGCUUUUGAGAUCAGGCAGCUCAGGGCCCACCUGGCCCAGCAGGACCUGGACCUUGCAGCCGAACGUGAAGCAGCCAUGCAGAUCCACCACGUGUGGGGCAAACAGGGCAGGAGUUUUCAGGUUGUAGAGGGCUUGACUCCUGGGGAGUCUGAUGAUGAGGGAGGCCAGAGAAACCCCAGGGAGCCCCAUACCACUGCAGAUCCAGUUGUGCAUGACGACAUGAACAACUACAUCAGCCAAUACUACAGUGAAGCAAGCAGUGAUGCUGGGGCCUCUGGUUUAGGCACUCGGAUCAUCACCAUGGCAGCCAUUGACGUUCACCUCCCCACCAAUACAAACCCUAUUCAGUCGAACCCGAUGCUUGCUAUGGAGAGGGUGGGCAGCGCCGUAAGCGACGCCUCCACCAGCAUAUUGCGGUCCAGUGGCAGCCUGACGGCGCGGCCCCACAGCCUGAGUAGCCACACCCCGGCUUCUUCUAUGACAGACUGCAGCAGCAGCACGGCUCAGGACCUCAGCCUGAGCUACAGCUCUCAUCGCUGCUGCCCUCCAUCCUUCUCAGGCCAAGACCCCUGCAGGGACCCCAGCAUGGUGGUGCAGGAACUACUCUCCUCCCUCUCUGAGGACUCCUGCCUCGCUCAAAAGGGCCUGGCAGUGGACCCUGUCAACCUUAAGCUUCCCAGCCCCACAGGCUCAGAAAAGGCCAGCCCUGAGCUGGACAACAGAAUAAACAUCUUCAACCGCAGGAACCAAGAGGAGAGGCGGGGCCGAGGAAGGGGUUGCGUGCUGUUGCAGACCAAGCCACUGAUCCACCUGCAGGGCAGCACCACUGAGCCAUCCCUGGAGGAGAAGUACCGGCUCCUGGGACCAGCCGACACACCUCUGGGUCACAUGCCUGAUACAUAAACUACAUUUACACAGAAACAGAAAGUUUUCUCUCUUUUAAAUGCCACCACGUUUGGCAUAUAUCUGAACUCUCGUGACAGGUUAAACCUCGCAAAAGGGAACACAUAAGAAUUGAAAACUGGAUUUUUCUGUUGCUGUGUAAAUCCAAUCUUAGCCAAUCCAGAGCAAGCUUGAGCCUUUGCUUCCAGCUAACACUGAUGCUCCUUAACUUGACAUGUUCAGAAGUCAGUAGUAGAAAUGACAAUAAGAACUCUUAGGCCCUUUGCCAUACUGUCCAACCUCCCAUGUUCCUCUGUGAUGGAUUUUUAAAUUCAGAAAUGCCCUGAAAUAGCACAAAAAAGACAAUAACAUCCCAGUAACGGGGAAUCUAAUGUGUUCUUGGACACAUUUUUCAUCAGGAAUUCUCACUUUGAAUAGGUCCUAAAUGCACUGAACUUUACAUGAAUUAAAACCAGCAAGGGGCCAUUCAAGCCUAUACUGAACAAAAACUUAAAUGCUGAACAGUGUUGCAAACCAAGACACCGUUCUCUGCAGUUACAAGACGUGUUUUUUUAAAUCGCGUUUUUCUUGUUAUUCUUUUAAUUUGUAUGAUCAACUUUAAACGUUAAUCAUGCUGUUAUGCUGUUAUUUAACAGCCACAGGGUACAUAAGACUGGCUCAACUAUUCAAAACAGCCAAUUCUUCUCUCUCUUUUUUUUACCUUUGGCUUUCUGUCACCUGUUUGUUUGAAACCAUGGAACAGCAAAAUUUAUUGAAUAGCAUUUUUGUUUUUGUAGGGUGUAUUUGUGUGGAUGAGAUGAAAAGGUAAGUGACUGGAUUCUUCAAAUAAUACUAGAUUGGAGUGCUUGUAGCAUGAACCUUUAAAAAGAUAUGUGCCCUAAAUGGCAAGCAAAUUCUUUGCACUUUAAUGUUUACAGACACUUUUGUAAACUUGAUAUGGAGGAAGUUAUUGCCAAAUGCAGGUGUUGUCAUUUGAAUGAAAAUAGCAAAAAUAAAAGUUAGUAUUUCCUUAA